AACGGUCGUGAUAAUACCAAAAUUGUAUUCAAAAGGCCAACCACCACCUACAACGUCAUUGUUGUGGAACCGUGCAUGCUUUGUAUACAGUGUCUACGUACUAUCGUAAACAUGAAUCUUUGUUAGGUAUACUUCAUUCAUUAGCGAACUAAAGUCACGUGCUGGUCAUGGCCGGAGAUAGAACAGUUUAACUUGUAAACUACUUUAUUUGUUUCUAUGCACUAGAGAAAAAACUGUAUACUACAUAGUGUGUAAUAUGUUACUUCGGGGAAUUUUCAGUAUCGUUACCCGGUUUAGAUGCAGUGUGGAGACAUUCCGCUGAAGACAUAGUCCGUUGAAGGAAUAUCGGUGACAGUUGUCUCACCAUUUUGAGCUGUGAUAACGAUGGGGUGUGGAGCCAGUUUAUCCAAGACAACAGACACUGCCACCCAGCCAAUAGACCGGGAGCAGCAGGAAGCAGCGCGAAAAGCGGAUGAUAAACCGUCAUUUACCUCGGAAACACAAAUGGAGGUAGAAUAUAUUGGAGAAGACGAAUUAAAAAUAAUGAAAACUUUGCGGCAUUACCCAAAGCCAGUCCCUAAUUCUAAAGGUCAGAAACAAGAAACACCUGUACAGUGGUUUAAUGAUUGGACUCCUGAGUGGCCGGAUGCGGUCCAUAGCAUGACUAAACAAAGACAACCGAAAUCCCAGGAUACCGACUCCGGUCUCGAGGAUGUAGCUAAUAUCGGUCUCACCGUCAAAGAUAUCGAGUUCAGGGCACGUCACACACCACGGUAUUUCAAUGAGAGCUUCGACGAUUUGUUGGAGUACCUUGUCAUGGGUGUUGAUGCUUCAGCACGGCCUGAUAUGUUGGUUGUUCGAGCUCUUGUGAACUGGCUGAGCAGUCAAAAGCUCAACACCUAUAAACACUUAGAAGGGACAGAAGACUCACCCGAAGGGUGCCUGGCUCUUCUGGCGCAGAAGCGCACAACAUUUUCUACAGUGUUCACCAUCAUAUGCCGGAAAGCUGACAUACCAUGUGUUCAGAUCGGAGGGAUGUGUAAAGCGCUCGGAAGGUACCAACCUGGAGAUACGAACAUGACGGACUUAGCGUGCCUGUGGAAUGCGGUCUACAUAGAAAUGCAGUGGUACAUCAUUCAUCCAAUAUGGAUGUGCAGGACUUAUGUUGGUACAAAGUCGAAUGGUUGGUUCAAAUUUGCAGAAAAGUCACAACUUCUAUCGAACUUCAACAAACAAGCAUUCACAGACUACUAUAUGAUGACCGACCCAGAGGAGUUUAAGAACAUGUGUUAUCCAUUUGAUUCCCAAUGGCAAUUACAAAAGAAACCCAUGUCCAGGAAGGAGUUCCUUGAUCAACCCUAUCUAUUGCCACCGUUUUUUGGUCUAGGACUCGCACUCAAAUCGAAACAUCCUUGUGUUCUAGACGUUAACACAGGUAAAGCGCUGAUCGAAGUCGAAGCUAAGGCAAAAAACUCAUAUUUACUUCAUCUUUGGUACGAGCUGUCUUUCGGAAAUAGCAUUCCCUUGCUGAACGAAUCAGAUGGAAAGUAUGUAGAACCACAGGUGAUGCCAAAGCAUGUGCGAAUGGUUCGAUCAGGAUACAAAUGGAAGUUUGACAUCCAUCUACCUGUGGAAGGUGCGUACAAAUUUGCAGUAUUUGCUGGGCCUAACCCAAAUCCACUAGUACGAGUUUGUGAGUUCCUUCUGAAGUGUUCAUCGCGCAAAUCAAACUGUCUCCCUCUGCGAAUUGAUCCUGGACCUACUGGAUUUGGGCCAAACAUUUCAUGUGAACUAGUUGGUCUCGUGAUUCCCAUGAAAACUCGAGGCGAAAUUUACAUUAGAAAGGGUGACGUGUUUAUCGCAAAAUUUCUAGUCGAAGGAAAUGUCGCCGAAAAAAUAGAAGUAAAAGCAACAUUUUACGCCUCUGGGUUUGCUGGUUCGAGAACGGAAAAAGUGUUAUGUGAAAUAAGCAGAAAGCAAAGAGAGGUAUCUAUUACUGCCACGGUACCUAAAGAUGGGGAAUACAUUCUGACGAUAUGGACAGCUAGCAACUUUGAACAGCGCAAAAGGAAUGGUUAUCAACCCGUCUGUCAUUACUUGUUGACAUCGUACGCUACAGCUGUGCAGGAGUCUCCCCGACAAAGACAUCAGAGACGAAAACUCCAAAGUGCCAUGGAAACAGAAGACAUGAAUGGGAUGGGAAAUGCCAUAGAACUAUGCAUUAAAGAAGGAAUAGAUCCGAAUGAUGAUGAACUUGAAUACGCCAAACUCAAAUGUCAGGUCAUCAAAGCUAGGAAAGAUGUACAUGAUUGCAGUCUAAGAAAGAAUCUCGACAUAACAGUACAGACCCUAAAGUUUAUCAAUCAGUCCAGACUGACCAAAGUUCUCUGCCAGGAAAUCGUGACACUUAACAAUUUAAAGGAAGGACAAGACUACGGCCACGUGGAUCCGGACUAUGUGGAGACGGAGACAGAAUCGGAAUACUCUCUACAGUAUUCCAUGGAACCCAGAAAACAUUUAACACUACAAUAGAAACCUGUAAAUCCAGACACGUUCAUGCCUGCAAAAUAUCUUGAAGUUAUGCUUUAAUUAUAAAAGCAAAUGUGCUUUAUUUUACAGAAUGCACUAGCAUCAUUAGAAUGAGUUUUGUAAUUGCAUAUAUGUACUGUACAUCGUUAAAUGUCCACCGCUUUGUAAAUUUUGCCCUUUUCUCCGUCUUGUUCUAGGGAUAAUUCCUCACGAAGUUAGUACACAACUUCUUGUUUAUAUUAUGGGAAUAUUUUCAUUUUGAUAUGCGAAAUUAAUAUUCAGCCAAUAUGGAUAUAAUAUGUAAAUGGCGAACAUUUCAUUAAGUGAAAUGUACACAAUACUGUACGAGACCAACUUUAUAUCUUCAAAGCUUUGUUUGAAUGGGAAAUAAGCAAUAUACCAUGUAAGGAAAUGGAAACAUAUUUUCAAAUUGCGAGGUUUUUAGGAACCUCUCGUGUUGCAAUAAAAUAAACGUGUUUGAUAAGUGAUAGGGGAGCGUAAUUGUAAAAUAAGAAAAGAAGUAUAUUUGAAAUAUUUAUACAUUGAUUUUAGGUAAUUUAUUACUGUACAAUCUAGUUCGAAAAUGUUGCAGAAACAAAGAAACAUCUUAUCAUCCACGAAAUGUAUACCAUCUCAACACACUUAUCACAGUUAAUCGCAAUGCAUAAUAUCUUAUUUACUCGAUUACAGUAUAUUGUAUAUAUUCUUUAUAUAAUAAUGUGCAUUGUUCAACAAACUGUCUUGAUGCAUGCAUUAUUCUUCUUCAUACUUUAAUUUUGACAACUUGUGUGCUCUUUGACAAACACUGCCGACUGCUUGCUAUAAUUUGUGCAAUAGUUUCAGUAUAGGUAAACAAUAUAUCAAGAACAGUGAUAACUGGUAACAAUAUAUGACAGCUUUGCAGAUCCCACACGUCAUUGAUACAAAUACAAUUGAAAACAUCAGUGCCAUUUCCCUAAUGAAAUAUUGAACUUCCGUGGAUCUGUAUUGCUUAAUUAUUUUCUAAAGAAAAUAUAAAGGUUCCUAUAUUUCUAAUUAGGAUUUUUUUAGCUUAACAACUAUAAUACCAAACACUUUGUCGUGGCAAAGAGAAGGAAAUAAACAACGUUUAUUGCCAAAUCCCACCUUGUGGUAUUGAUAAGGUGGUCUUCAGUUCGAACUGCAACUUCAUCAAAAUAUUUCCUUGGAUAUAGUGUAUGUAUCAUUGACCUAUUUACAGCUUAACCUGUCUUGAACUCAUUUAUCAUAUCAUUGAUGAAAAUAACACUCAAAUUGUAUAUGUUAUAAAUUAUAAUUUCCAAGUGUCGAUAUAGGACUCGCACAACUAAAUCAGCCAAUCAGCAAGUGUUUCAUACGUUUGUAGUCCCUAUCUAAAAUUAGUUCCGGCUAAUAACUGGGGCACUGAGGAAGUUUAAUAAGGAACUGAUGACAGAUUUUUAGAUAAAUGAAAUGUUCAG